AUGGUGAAUAAGAUAAUCCCCAUGGAAGCCGUUGCGAGUCAACGCAAGCUGGUGGGGGGUUGGCGUCCGCGGAAGGGGAAAUACCUCCUGGCGCUCUGCACCACUGGACGACUGACCAAUCAGAACCUCUCCUUUCCUUUCUCUACCUCUCCUCUAUGUCCUCCCAUUUCCCCCUCCCUCCUUAACCCCCUCCCACUUUACCCCCUCCCUCUUUCCCCCCUCUUUCAACCUCCCUCUCCCCAUCCCUCUCCACAUCUCUCUCCCCAUCCCUCUCCCCAUCCCUCUCCCCAUCCCUCUCCCCAUCCCUCUCCACAUGUGAGGCAUCUCAAAGCUACCUUCCAUCCACCCUUUUCCCUCCCCUUCUCCCGCGUCCGCAGAGCAGCAGGAGUGCAUAAUGACCUACUUCAUCUUCGCAGUCCUCUUAAACUGCACGCUGCUAAUCCACCCCCUCGCCAGCAGCAGGAGUGCAUAAUGACCUACUUCAUCUUCGCCGUCCUCUUAAACCGCACACUGCUCAUCCCUCCACUCGCCGUCGCCCAGCACACCGGCCUCAACCUAAUCUGGCCCUGGACCGCCGUCUUUAAUCUCCCCAGACUACAUACCUGCCUCGCCCCCUCCUACGGCCCCCUCACCACACUCCUGCUACCAGACUACCUCUCCCGCUCCCACUCCGACCAUGCUUACGUGGCACACCUGGUUUGUCUCAAGCCCACGUGUAAUCACGAGUGGACGCUGCGAGUGCUGCUGCGAGAGGUGCCUGGGAUCAAGCUAGCGGACAAGAAAGGCCGCCCGAUAGCUGUGAAUCAGAGCCUGGUGGAUAGGAUGGGGAAGGUCCGGUUGGAGAAGCUUCUAGAAGCUGUAGAGGUGGUGGAGGGGGAGGAGGAGAGGGCGGAGGCGGGGGAGGUAGGAGGAGCGGAGGAGCGAGAGAGUCAGACUGACUCUUCAGGGGGUGAGCAAGGCAAGGAGCAAGUAGGAGGGAGCGGAGCAGUGGGAGGGGAGGCAUCAGCAACAGCAGGUGCAAGUGAAGCUGUGGGUGCGGCAGCAGGAGUCAGUGGCGGGGAGGGAGCAGCGGCACGGAGAAGACUGAAUGAGGUGGGAAGUGGUGCAGAGGGGCAGGGCACACAAAUAGACGAAGGUGCUGCUGCAGCAUCUCAGGCAGCACCGGCACUGCCACUCGUGACCGUCCCUCCGGACUGCAGCAACCUGUGGCGGCCGCACGCUGCUGUGAUGGAGUUCGUGGAUGGCUUUAUUGCAACGCACCUGCCAUCUCCCUUCAUGGCCGUGCACCUCAGGCGUGCUACACCGCCCCUCGUCUCGAGCCUCGUCUUUCCAGAGUUGUGCACCUCAGGGGCGAGUGAUAAGGUAGCUGCUGCACUCACCUCCUUAACCCCCCACACCGCCACCAUUAUCACCCCUAUUUCUUCCUCCAAUAUACGAAUCAGGGGCGAUUUCUCGGGGCAUCUAAAGAAGCAGAGCUACAAGCGGCAUGUGUUCCUGCCCAUAGAAGCAGUUGGGACGUUCAUUCUCUCCCGCGCCGCUGCUGCCAGCCUGCACACUGUGCUGCUCGCUUCUGAUGGCACUGAAGCUGAAGUGUCCAUGCUCUCGCACAUGCUCACAGCCAGCAACGCCACCAGGCUGGUGACGUUGCAUGAGAGCCGCUUCGCAUGGGCCGACACACACAACGAGCCCUGGGGGCGAGCUCUAUUGGCUCUAGAGCAGAGCCUACCCGAGGGGGGAGGCAAGGGGGUGGUGCGGGCACUGGCAGAGAAGUACAUCUGUGCGCGGGCUCACGUGUUCUAUGGCACGGUUUACUCGACGUUCUCCACGGAUAUCGUCAGGAUUCGGGCGGCAGAAGGGGUGGCAAACUGCAUGGAUGGGAAGGUGGGGGAGGACGGUUAG